GGUAAAAGCACAGCAACCUACUUCCUGAUGCAGCUUCACCGAGAAGCCCGGACAGACAACAGCCGGAACUCCAUAUCAUAAUCACUCCCAAAGAGCAUACAUUUCGAGGGCAGGUGCUUGCUCUGCCGAUCUCGCAUAUAAACCAACGUUGGGAAAAGCCCGCAACUGCAUCAACGUUUCACUGCCAAACAGUCGGUUGUUACUCAACAUUGACUUCAUCAUCUAUCUAUUUGAGUAUAUACGAUAACAGAUCAGUCACGAACCAAGAAAAUCCCACCAGCACAACAACACAAGCAUCUUUCCCUGCAUCAAAAUGGCCAAAACAAGCAUCGAUCUCAUCGACGAAGUCGACAUGUUCCCGUAUGCCGAGACUGAUCCCGACGCUUUCACCAAGAUGAAUGCCGGGCUCUAUACUUUGGAUUGGAGAGAUAGCCAAGGCACAUACCCUAUUGGGUACAUCCUAGACCGUGUGGCCAGAGAGCUACAUCAGGUCCCUGAAGAGGUCAGGGGAAAAAUGGAAUGCGACGAUGAGAAGAAAACUAUUGUGCUCUUUCAGGAACCUACGGAGGAACAACGUACUCGUCGCGCGGCGACCCUGGCCGACUAUUGGCGGAAGAAUGGGACGUUCCCUCUUCUCCGUCGCUGGCGUGACGAACUCUGGCCUGUAUACGGACGUAGUGGCGAGCUAUUGUUCAGCAUGGAACGAGCUGCGAUAGGCUUGCUUGGUACGGUGCGUUACGGCGUUCACAUGAUUGCGUAUGUCAAGGACGAGACUGCACCUCAUGGCAUUCGCCUCUGGGUCCCUACGCGUGCUCGGAACAAGGCAACCUUUCCCGGCAUGCUCGACAAUACCGUGGCAGGUGGUUUAAUGACAGGAGAGGACCCCUUCGAAUGCGUCAUUCGCGAGGCUGAUGAGGAAGCCAGUCUUCCUGAUGAUAUUGUUCGCAAGAGUGCCAAGUUCGUCGGCAACGUCACAUACAUCUACAUCACGGACGAGGGACAGGUUGGCGAAGGCGGCUUUAUUUAUCCUGAGUGCCAAUGGUUAUACGAUCUCGAGCUUCCCAACGAUGUGAUCCCUCAACCCAAAGAUGGCGAGGCGGAGAAAUUUGACCUCUGCGACGUUAAUCAAGUCAAGGCGGAUCUCGCCGAGGGUCGAUUCAAGUCCAAUUGUGCCCUCGUCACCCUCGACUUUUUCAUUCGUCAUGGAAUUCUCACUGACAGAAACGAGCCCGAGAUUGAGCAGAUCAAGCGGAGAGUGCGCCGCGACAUUCCUUUCCCAGGUCCGCAUCAAAGUAAUUGGCGCUCAUUGUGAUUUUGAUAGACCAGGCUCACAGAGACGGGACAGGGUCUUCGACUUUGAGAAUCAUUGGGGGCAACACGGCGGUUUUCGCAUGGGUAUCAUUAAUGUGGCUUAGAGCUAGUGGUAACACAAAAGCCCAUAGUGGUGGCGAAGAGCUAUAGUCUAGAUAAAUGGACAAGUUUAGGCGCUUCUGAUUAUUUCUUGACGAGAAGAUAGACGUUGUCGACACGGAGGGGAGUCAGUUUCUUGAUAGGGCCUUGAAGCGACAUAAGAAGACCGCCGAAAGAGCAGUAGGCAUUGCUGUAGGUUAGAUUCAGUCAGCAAACUUGUGUGUUCCAGACUCGGUGACGACAAGG